GAAUGAGUUAGGGCUUCAGGGUUUGGAUGGUUGUGAUCUAAGUCAUGCACGGUCCAUAUCUAAAAGUUCAUUUGACCUUAUAUAUGUUUGGUUGGGUUCGGUUUUGAAUGUUUCGCAACCCCCCAAAACCGAUACCAAACCAAAAUACGUUCAAUUUUUCUGAAAAAUAAAACCAACCUGAAUUGACUAAUGUACAAAAACUGAAUCAAACCAAAAUUUUCCGUCGGUUUUGUCAGGCCAUUUGGUUUGUAGGUUAAACUUUCAGUCUUCCACCCUUGCAGAGGACUUAGCUCCCUUUUAUAGAUGACUGGUGCAAUAAAACUAUGGGUACACCAUUUGGUGUACACCACAUUGUGGGGGACACAUCUCGGGAUCCCACACAAAUGGUCGGAGCCGCUCAAUAUAUUUAACAUGUUUUAAGGAUCCCUAUAAAAAAUCAUCUGUGUUUUUUGUUUUGGAAAACAUUGCAAAUUCAUGCGAGUUUACCCCAUCAUGAUCAUUGCUGAGUUGGCAAUAAAAUGCAUUGGAAAGCUACAUUAGCAGAUGCCCCAAUUAAAUGGAGCAGCCAACUGAGAAGCAAAUGGCAAGAAAAAGCGACAGAGAUUAUAAACAAGCCCUGUGGACAAGUAUUGUCAGCCAAGCUUCUAUCAGGUUUCAGUGUCGGUGAUUUUUCAAUACAAAGGGAAUUCUGUUCUAGGCAUCAGUGAGAAAGUUACAAAGUCCAUGAUCUCCUACCGCGUCAUUCUCUGUCAGUUGAGUUCUUCAACCACAUUAUACUGCUAGGGAGCUUCAACCACAUUAUACUGCUGGGGAACUGAAGGAAAACUUGUUCAAGUGUAUCAUCCAUCACAGUCAGGCAGAUUUAAGUAAGGAAAUUAUUGGAAUUAUGUUUUUUUAACCGAGAAAAUAAGUAAUAUAUAUGAAAUUAUCCAAAUCAUAGCAAGACUGGUGCCUUGUACCAGAGGUAAGGGCGUGGGCUUCCAUGCCAUAGGUUGCAGGUUCGAACCCUUCCAGCUUCCUCCGACUUUUCUUUUUAUUGUUGAUGCUCAAACUGCUGGAAACCAAAAAAUUGCUCCUAGUUUGCAGCUAACAGGAAUUGAACCAAGCCCAUCGGUCGCUUAUAUCAUAGUAGUACCACAAUGCCAACAAAUAGCUUUCUUUUAUAGUUACACAAAUGUAAUAAAGCAGUAUUCUGUUUAUUUUUUUCUUAACGUUCUUCACUAUCUUUUGUUUGAUCAAAGCUCUGAUUGAAAGGUGACCCCUCUGUAUACAAUUCCUGGAUCCGCCACUGAUCAGUCACUGGUUUGGGUGUGCUUGGGCCUAGCGUUGUGAGUAGCCUAUGUCUUGAUUUAGCCUAUUCUAUUCAGCCGUGCAAAGUUGAACUGAAAGCUGUGGGGGCCUGUUUUCUGGGACUGGGAUUUAUGCCUCCGGUUUCAUCAGAAAAGACUUGUUCACAGGGUGGAGAACCGACCCAGAUUUUGGCAGAAAAGGUUGGAAAAUCAGUCCAACAUUUCUUGGGAAAAUUGGGCUUGACGUAUUCCCACGCCAACACAUCGAACCGGGAGCAUUUUCUCAAAAUCUGCAUCCCAUCUCCAGCAUUUGAGUGCAGAAGAAGAAGCCAAUCUCAUUCCAGUCUAACUGCUAUUUCAGGAUCCAGGGAUAUACUUGGUAUAGAUAGCGAAAGGGGCAAUCAGACCACAGAAGUAUAUACAUUCCCGUACUACGUGCUUAUAUAUGGUCACAGAUCAUGGAAAGGUUCACUCAACUGUGCUGGUUUUUAUAUCCUUCGUGGCGAAUGUCUUCUCAAGGCUACUAUUCAAAGAAAAUUAUCAUGUCUAAAGUGCCAACAAAAGAAAUUGCUUGAUUUUGUCAAAUCAACAUAUCCAACAGGGACGGUUGGCUCUUACUGUCGUGUAACCGUACGUCAGUACAGUGAUGUUUUGACUUUUGAGUACAAUUUUUAUGAACAUGAGGUUUAUAAUCUUGUGGGUAGAUUGGAUUGAUAUUAGGAUAGCAUAGAUUCUUGUAACAUAUUGCUAGAAUCACCUAACCCUAUAUAAACCCAACAGUCCAUUCCGAUCUCGUAUCUGAAUUUCAGAGUAAAAUACCACUCCAGUUUAUUUGAAAUUUUAGAUAUAGGUAUCUUAUUAGG